CCGGUUUGCAGUAAACCCUACUCUAAUGUCUAAACCACAUCACAACAUCAAAUAGAUGGUUCGGUGGUUUAGUUACGGCAGAUACACCGGCCUGAACCGAAUAAAAGAAAACUGGACUUGGCUCCUGGAGAAGAGAAGACUGUACAGCUUUCUGAAUUCCGAAAGAAAUGAAAUCUCUCUGCUUCAUUUCUACAGCUCCAUUGAUUCGUUCGCCUCCAUUUCUCGAUCUUUCUCCAACAAGCUUGAAUCGAUUUACCCUUAAAAUUCCAGCUUCUCUCUAUGUAUCUCAUCCAACAAGAUGCAGCAUUUCAAACCCGUCGAGCUCUGAGGAAUUGUUGAAUUCCAAUGGUGGAAUGUCUAGGGCAUCGAUUAGUGUCUUCGGAGGUACUUCCCUUAACAAUCUCAAGAUGCAAGUGGGCAGUCCAAUUUCUCUGCAUUCAAUCAAUCCAUUAGCAAAGCUGAGUUUGAGUGAUCAGGCAUUUCUUCUCUUGGCCUUCAUCGUUUGCACGACUUCAGUGGCUUUUACAAGUCUUGUGAUUACAGCUAUUCCUACACUUGUGGCCAUGGGUAGAGCUGCAACUUCCUUUGCAAAGUUAGCUGACACAGCUCGCAAAGAACUCCCUAGUACAUUGGCAGCGGUAAGGCUCUCUGGCAUGGAAAUAAGCGAUCUUACUCUUGAAUUGAGCGAUUUAAGGUUAUCUCUAAAGCUCUUUUCUUUUCUUUUCUUUUCUGGCUUUUGAUCAUCUCAACUCUAAAAAAAGUGAAUGCUACAUGUUUCAAAGCAAUUAGUUCACAAUUAGUUCUUCCGAGUCACCUUGUUAUCUGUCCGGAAUAAGAAACUUUUUCUAAAUCAUUAUUAUGCGAUGCAAAUGGUUUCAGCCAAGAUAUAACAGAUGGGAUAAACAAAUCAGCUAAAGCGGUUCAAGCAGCUGAAGCUGGAAUCAAACAGAUUGGAACACUUGCACAGCAGCAAACUCUCUCAAUGAUUGAAGAGAGAGCAAAUUUACCAGAAAUAUCACUACAACCUGUUGUGGCUGGUGCAGCCGAAAAGACUUCUCACGCAAUCGGCAGUGCAACCAAGAGACUAAUGAACAUUAUAACCGGAGGAAACAAGGAUGAAGAUUAGACAUUUAGAAGUUUUCACUUGGAGUGUGUUUUUGGUCCGUCUUUGUUUGAAGGGAUUAGUACAAGGUAAAGUCCAUUUAGGGAAACAGAGAAUCUAUGAACAAGAAGACUUUUUAGUAAAAUUUGGUAUAUUUAUGAAACCUGAAGUGUAACUGUGUAAGACACAAAAGAAGAAAUAAUAACAGCCACAGCCAUUUUAAG